AUGAGCUCGUCGAGUGGUGGGUCCAAGUAUCCUCCCACCAUCGCGGAUGGGAGGUUUGAGAUCACUGUCAAGCUCGGCGCCGGCUGCUUCGGGGAGGUCUACCGCGCCGUGGACGCGCAGACCAAGGACGAGGUGGCCAUCAAGAUCGAGCGCGUGAAUGCGAGCUCCCCUCAGCUCGAGCGCGAGUCAGCAAUGCUGAGCGCCCUAGCGCAGCCCGCCCUUCCGCAGGGCUUCCCCAAGAUCCUGCACUUUGGCAGGGAUGGCAAGUUCCUCUGCAUGGUCCUGGAGCUGCUGGGGAAGACCAUCGAGGAUUACGUGCAGCUCUGCAACGGGCACCUCGCCGCUAGGAGCGUGGCGCUCGCUGCCGAGCAGGCGCUCUUGCGAGUGGAGUACUUGCACUCCAAGGGCAUCGUGCACCGUGACAUUAAACCAGAGAAUCUCAUGUUUGGCACCGGUUCAAGGCAGCAUCACCUGUACCUGAUCGAUUUCGGCCUGAGCAAGAGAUAUUACGACAGAAGGCACAUCCGCAUGAACACUAAUCUUUCUCUUACGGGGACGGCCCGCUACGCGUCCAUUAACGCGCACCGCGGAGCCGAGCAGAGCCGACGGGACGACCUCGAGGCUCUCGGCCACAUGUUCCUCUACCUGCUCAGGGGCUCGCUCCCGUGGUCUGGGCUGAACGCCAAGGACAGGGAAGAGAAGUUCCGAAAGAUCCAGGAGGUGAAGGAGAGAACCCCUCUUAGCGACCUCUGCCUGGGCUAUCCCGACGCCUUCGAGCGCUACCUGCGGUACUGCCGCACCCUCGGGUUCAGGCAGCGGCCCGACUACGCAAUGCUGCGGGGGCUUUUUAGCGAGCUGAGAGGCAGCAUAUCCCAGCAGGAAGACUGCCAGCUCCAGGACCACGAGUUCGAGUGGAACGCCGGGAAGGAGCUGGAUGGCCUCGAGCCGCUUGCGCCCGCGCCCUGCCUCGCCCAGCCAGACGACGGCGAGGCCUCGCAUCUUCCGCGCGCGUUCCGUUGUUUCUGUGGCCUCUAG